AUGGUUGAGAUUGAAUUCGAUCAGCCUCCAGCGUAUCCUACGCAUGUAGCUAUACCGCCAUCAAGUGAGGCUACCACAGCUCCAGCCUACACUUCAAUUCACGAAGAUCCUCUACAACCUUCUCGAGAUCUCCCUCCUUCUCGACCACUGCAGCGUCUCGACCGCCUAGAGCUCACCAACCAAUCCACAACCAUCAACAUCGGACAAGCUCACGAAGCACUCACCGACAACUCCACCACCGAACCCACCAAGUCCAAGAACAAGGAUGACACCUGCUGCGCUUGUGCCGCUCUUUGUUUCUUUCUUGCAAUCGUGGCGCUGCUCGUUACCAUGAUAUACUGUGCAACCUCUCUCAAGCGCGACGUGGCGGCAUUCAAGGAAAACUCGAAAGUCUUGGAGGAGGUAAAACAUGAGAUGCAGCAUAUGAAGGAGACGGUCACGGCUACUGUUACUGCGAUCAUACAUGAGACCGAGAGGAUCUCAAAGAGAGGACAUGUGGACAAGAUCACGGAGACGGUCACACAGACUGUUGAUGGUCAUGUACCCACUGGAAGUGCUUGGGUGACGAAAAUUGGGAAUGCCCGCAGGUGGUAG